GCUUCUUUGUGAUAUUCCCCGGCGUCUAAUGGGCCCUUCUCACGAAUACUUGACAUACAAUGUCAAGAUCUUAUGUUUGGGAUGUUUUAUGGAUUACGGUGGGCUUGGUGAAUUAAAUACCUGCUGGGAUGGCUUUUCGUUGUGUGGUGUCGGAUUCUGGCGUUUUACAUAACUUGCAUGGUUUGGUCGUCGCCUCCAUUGCAUUGAUCACAUAUGUUGAUGAUAAUCACAUCUUGUCUUCCCUGACGCAUUCGCGCGGUCACGGACAUGGCGGCAUAGGGUUGGUUUUCUUCUCCGCUUACUAUGUCUGCAUAUUUGAUAUCACGGAGGUGUCUGGUCCCUGUCGAAGGCUCGGCGUCUGUUGGAGGAAUGCUGUCUCUGGAGACGCUUGCCACGGACCGUUGAGCACGGCAUGAUGACGGCGGUUCCUUUUGUACCAUAAUCCAAGAAAGAGAUCGCAAGGAUCCCGUUUGAAUGAAAACAAGAAAAACGGAGGCCGUUUGGUCUGCCAUUGUGGUGUGUGUUUGUAGUGCGUAAU